AUGACAGGGGUUACAACCGCUUGUCCGCCAUGGAGCGACGCGCAGCACGUGGGCCCAGGGGACGAUUUUAGCACUCUUCAUAAACCUGCUAUUUGUGAAUACAAGGGCGAGGUGUUUCUUUGCUGGGCGACUCCCAACGCGCCGCCGAACAGCUUCGGAUGGACUACUUGGCUAGCGUCUGACAGUGGCUGGCAAAGUCAAUGGAAGCAACAGGGAAUGGAUAAUGGGAAGCAACAAGCUCACACGUCUGCCUUGGUCGUCUUCAAAGGAAUUUUGUAUGCCUUGAUACCGUGGAAGGCUACGUCUGGCUCUGAUUCGGGAUGCCAAAUCUGGAGCUACGAUGGAAAAUGGUUCAACCAAAUGGGUGAAUGGGGUUCAACCUAUUCAAAAGCAACUACGACCACCAUCACUGGACCUAGUGGGUUUUCACCAAACACAAGGAUCAAUGAGUCAUCUUCAAGCAAUCCAGCCCUUGUUAUCGUUGAUGACACUCUUCAUUUGUUCUUCCUCGUUUCCGGAAGUGGUCGUUCAGUUUUGGACACGUGUAUGAAUGGACAAGAGCCACUUUCAUGGAUCCGGAUUACUGGAGACGACUUAGAUGAGUCCGGCAACAGCGGCAUCAGUGCCGUUUCGAACCCCACAAGUGAUCUUUUAUGGAUCUGCUUUAAAACACACAACGGCGAAGACAACCUUAUCUGCCACUGGUCAAGAAAAAAACCUUCCUGGACCAAGAGCGUGCCAUUAGGUAGCGGAGGGGUCUUCCCGACCAAGAAUGAGGCGGCUUUGGUUUACUCCAACGGUUGGGUCUAUGCAGUCUGGAAUAGGGCCCAGAACCGGCAUCUCUUAUGGUGGUCGCGCCGACUUGUCCACCACUUGGACCCAUCCAUUUGGAUGAGCUAUCUCGCUAGUCCGUCUACCAGCAUCGCGCAGAUGUCAAUUCCAGGAACACAUAACUCUGCUACAAGCAGUUGGAAUGGCCUUUUCGGUCCGCAGAACGGCUGGAUAUGCUGCCAGGACAUGUCCAUCACCCAACAACUGAAUGCCGGAAUUCGAUACUUUGAUAUUCGAGCAGGCUAUGCAAAUCUCCAAGAUCGUAACAACGGCUACUCCGAACCAUUAUGUGUCUUUCACGGAAAGUUUUAUGCCGGCAUCUCGAUCGAGGACGUACUCGAAUACUCCUACAAUUGGCUUGAUACUCAUCCAACUGAAGGAAUUAUUGUGCAAAUCAAAGCCGAUGGACCGACUGGUACAAAUCCACAAAAUGUAUCAGACGACUUUAAUGAUCUGAUCCAAGAAAAGAUCCAGUAUUGGAAUCUUGGAGAAACAAUCCCGACUAUGAGUCAACUUAGAGGAAAGAUCCAGUUAGUUUGUCGAAUACCGCGGCCAACUAACUACAACAUAGUGGUAGAUGGACUUCUUCAACCAUCAACACAGCCACUUGGAAUCAAUGCAAGCCGCAAUUGGCCGAGCGAUACGGCAGAAUCAGUUGAAAUCGAUCUUUUCAAUACCAAGUCAACCCCAGUAAAACUGUGGGUUGAGGAUAACUACAGCUUUGAUGACAAUGGAAGCGUUGCGUUGGAAAAGAAAAAGCAAAAGAUCACUGAUUUCAUCGACUUGGCCUUUUCAUCGAUUGGGAACUCAAGUGCUCCAACUUGGUAUAUUGGCUACAGCAGCUAUGUCACUGACUGGACUUUGACGUCGGGAUUGAUUCCGGACUCCAACCUCAACUAUGCCACUGAGGACUUGGAUGGUGAUUCAUCAAUGAACGAGGCUUUGGAGGACUACGUCAAAUCGAAGGGUGGGUAUGGUCAUCCUGGUCUAGUCGGAAACUUGGUCAUGGAUUAUCCGAACCGGGACUCAGGAACACUGAUCAACAGUAUCAUUUUGAACAACGACCUGAACCUCAAGUCGUAA